AUGGAACGAAGGGUCAGUGGGCGAUUCCAGCUUGGCGGGAAGUCCACCUGGGUCUCUACACGAGCAAGAGGAGCUAGCGUAGGCGAAUUGGGAGGAAGAGAGGUUCCCCAAGUCGCACGACAGUUUGGAAACGGAGAAACCGCGGGCGACGAAUACACGAUCAAGAAGCGGGAGUCGGGAUCACGAGGGAGACAGGACGAGUAUUGGAAAGAGGCGUAUGUCGUGCGACCAAAGCGUGAGAAAUCGGUUCCUUGGGCCGAGGAUAAGGGCCGAGAGAGUGAAGCUGCGGCAGCGACUGGUAGCGAAUGGAAACCGGGGGAAGACGGAGGGUGUUUUCUCGACAAAGUGCGAUGGCCGGCGGGUCGAUUGCGAGAUAGAUAUUCAUCAAUCACGUCCACGGGCUGCUGGACGUCGUUGUGCGACUCGUCUCGAGAGGAGCGGGAUCGGGGGAGAUCGACGGCGGGGAGGAGGAAAAGCGAAACGGGCGUGCGGCGAGCGGGCGGCGAACGCACUUUUGAGCAGACACGCGAUCGAACGGCAGACGGGAUGGGCGAGAGGAGAGGAGAGGAGAGGAGAUGUAGCAAUGCGGCGGAUCGAGUGUGCUGUGCGGUUGAGAUGAGUAACAAGAGCCGGGAGAAAGUUUCUGGCGGAGAUGCGAUGGCAGUAAUGAUCUGGCUGCCCGUCUCACAUGCCGUCCAGACAGACACAUAUGAAAGCGUGCUCGAGAUGGCCCCCGAAGCCGCUGGUGAGCAGCAUCCAGUGCGCGCGACGGAUCUUGCCCGUCUGCCCCAGAUGCCACCCUGUCUUGUCCCGCCCGGCGGAUCAAUGGAGCUUCACGGCAGCCCCAGCAUGAGGAUUGCUAGAUUGCUGGAAGAGUUUUCUUUACCCAAGGGGUACUUCCCGCCGUCGAAUGGGAUGGGAUAA